AUGUCCGCUCCUUCAUACGAGGAGAUGGAAGUUAAGAGGCAGGAGAUGAUAGCCUCGUUCAGACAGAUAGCAAGCGCCAUGACCCGAUGUGUCAAAGUGAUUGAAGAAUACACAGCAUUAUCACCUGCCAAUCUGAACAAACCUGAUUUAUCAAUAUUCAACAAUGCAAUCUUACCAAACGGUCAAUUAGUAUCUGAGUUGUUGAAAAAGGAAAGAAAGAAGAAAGAUAAGAAACCGAGAGAUCCAAACGCACCUAAGAGACCUCCUUCGGCAUAUAUCUUAUUCCAAAAUGAAAUCAGAGAUGAAGUCAGAAAUUCAAACCCUGGUAUGUCAUAUAAAGAUAUAUUAGGUGUCAUCUCACAAAAAUGGAAAGAUUUAACCGAUGAACAAAAGAAAGUCUACGAACAUGCCUACUCUGCCGCUCAUAGUACUUUCCAAAUAGAAGAAAAAGCUUAUGCCAAUACAAAACCACCCGUCAACGGUGCUCCUGUACCAGCCAUCGGAGAUGCCCUUAUCGACCCUGCGUUGACCGCGGAAACAGAUGAUUCGGAUGAUAGUGAUGAUUCAGAUACAGAUGAUUCACCUGCACCAUUCAAAACACUCCCGACAGCACCCCUCCCUCUGCAGGUAAACCCAACCACCCUUCACGCAGCUACAGCUCCACCUCCCGUUUCAGCGGCUGCCCCUGCGCCUACCGAGAAGAAGAAGGAAAAGAAGAGGAAAAACAAGGAAGAAGAAUCUGCAGUGGCAGCUGCUAUCGAACCAGCCACAGAUAAGAAAAAGAAGAAGAAGAACAAGGAAUGA